CCUAGAGACCUGGGCGCAGGAGGGGGCGGGACCGGGACGUUCUCUAUGUGACAUGGCGGCAGCGGCGGCUCCUGACACCGGAUAGUGCACCACGUGGACCCUGAGGUUAGGAGCCCAGAGAGAGCACCAAUGAAGCGAUCUCAUACCCCCCCGGGCAACAUUACCAAUAGUGCCUUACGCUUUCUGUCCCAAGAGCUUGGCAAGGGGAGCGCGGUCAUGUUGUCAGCUCCCGUGCUGGAGCUGCCCAGUCCUGGGGGGCGUGGACUGGUUCACCACGACGGACCCAGAGGAUCGCAGAGCGAAGCCCCGUCUACGGAGGGCAAGUCCGGGGGAACCGUCAAAGUCUAUCUGCCCAACCAGCAGAGGACAGUGGUGAAUGUCCGCCCCGGUAUGACCGUCUACGACUCCCUGGAUAAAGCGCUGAAGGUGCGCGGUCUGAACCAGCAGUGCUGUGCGGUGUAUCGUCUCUUACACGGACGGAAAGCCCUCACAGACUGGGAGACGGACAUCACGCCGCUGGUGGGGGAGGAGCUGAUGGUUGAAGUCCUGGCCGACGUCCCUCUGUCCAUGCACAAUUUCGUGCGGAAGACCCACUUUAACCUUGCGUUCUGCGACUUCUGCCUGAAGUUCCUAUUUCACGGUUUUCGCUGCCAGACCUGCGGCUACAAGUUUCACCAACACUGCAGCAGCAAGGUGCCCACGGCCUGUGUGGACAUGACCAAGCUGCCCAAAUCUGUAGGCAGCUAUCGGGAAUAUUACGGGUAUCCCGAUCCUUCCCCCGGCAUUAUCCAUGGACCCUACACCCCGCAGCCAUCCAGCAGCCCCCGGACACAGCACGCUGGAGCUGCUUCCUUUUCAUUCCCUAGCGAGGGGCAACCCCUGCAGCGGCAUCGCUCCACCUCCACCCCCAACGUUCAUAUUGACAGCACCACUGGUCCCGUGGAUAACAGCAUUAUUGAGGAGGCCUUAAGGAUCGCUGCCAUCACCUCACCCAAGGAAGGAACGGCCCAAACCGCCUCCAUCGUUGGUAGCAAGUCGCCACCGGCGAAGUCACCUGUGGAGGCCCCGAGAGACCGGAGGACGUCGUCUUCUGAUGAUAAGAAGAAAGGGAAACAGCUGGGCUACCGGGACUCCAGCUACUACUGGGAGGUCAACUCCAGCGAGGUGGUGAUACUGAAACGCAUCGGCGCGGGAUCCUUCGGCACAGUGUACAGGGGCAAGUGGCACGGCGACGUGGCCGUCAAGAUCCUGAAGGUGACCAGUCCCACCGCAGAACAAAUCCAGGCCUUCAAGAACGAGAUGCAGGUUCUUAGGAAAACACGUCAUGUCAACAUCCUGCUCUUCAUGGGCUUCAUGACAAAACCCACCUUCGCCAUAAUCACGCAGUGGUGCGAGGGGAGCAGCCUCUACCGCCAUCUACACGUCAUCGAGACACAGUUUGAUGUUUUCCAGCUGAUUGACAUUGCGCGUCAAACGGCGCAGGGGAUGGACUACCUCCAUGCCAAGAAUAUCAUACAUCGUGAUCUGAAAUCCAAUAACAUCUUUCUGCACGAGGGGCUGACUGUGAAGAUUGGUGAUUUCGGGUUGGCCACGGUGAAGACGAGGUGGAGCGGAUCUCAGCAGGUGGAGCAGCCGAGUGGUUCCAUCCUAUGGAUGGCCCCAGAAGUGAUAAGGAUGCAGGAGCACAGUCCGUACAGCUUCCAGUCCGACGUCUACGCCUACGGGGUGGUGCUGUACGAGCUGAUGGCCGGACUACUACCAUAUGCCAAUAUCAACAACAGAGACCAGAUCAUUUUCAUGGUUGGCCGCGGAUACCUCAGCCCUGACCUCACUCAAGUCUCUAACAGCUGCCCCAAAGCCAUGAAAAGACUUCUAGCAAAUUGCCUAAAGUUCAAAAAAGAGGAGAGGCCUCUGUUCCCACAGAUCCUUUCUUCUAUCGAGCUGCUGCAGCGAGCUCUCCCAAAGAUAGAGCGCAGCGCGUCCGAACCUUCACUUCACAGAGCGGUCAACGCUGAGGACCUCAACCCCUUCCUGAUCACCACCCUGCGCCUUGUGCCUCAGUGAUCGGUCUCCUCCAGGGGGCAGUGUCUGAUCCCGGGGGCCGCAGUAGCUGUCCUGUGCUCGCUCUCACUUCACACUUCUCUUUUCUCCUAACUUCUCGUCUGCGUCUUCACUUGACUCUUCCUCCAAGCUGCUUCUCUUUCUGGGCAUCCUCCAGUGAUCUACAAGAUUACUGGCUGAGCCGAUGUGAUUUUUUUUCUGCCAAGAGGAACGCACCCGCAAAGAGUCCAAAGUCGUGGGGAUAACAGCCACAAGCUGCUACCAUGUUGAAAUCGUACUGUAACAUGCAAACAUCACGAGAGCCAAUUUCUCAGUCUUGGUUGGAGCUCCCCUUUAAGGUAGUGGAGGAAGCGGAUUAUCGGAGCCUGGUUAUUUGUUCGCCAUUACGGGGCGGAACGUAGGACAGUGGCUUCUGUGUCGUUGAGAACCAUUGACGUUAACGGUUUACUGUUAAAUUAUUUUCCAUGAACGGUCCAGGGGACCUGACGCCUUUUUUCAGACCCCCCCUAAUCCCGGGCACAUGUGGUUUAGCUGCUCGCCGGGACCUGCCUCCUGUCUGUCGCCAGCCGUGAAUCCGAGGGAGGAAGAUAUUUAUUUCUACACAGGUCUGAUCCUUCUGCAGAGGUUCCGUUUCCGUUAACUGGGGAGAAUCGUUUGUAAAAAUGAGAUUUAAGUCUGUUUUUUUUUUUUUUUUCUAGCAUCAUCCUCGCUUCGUUAUGUGUUAAGUUUCCCAUCUUCUGGUGCGAGGAUGGCAGUUGUGGGUGGGGGGAGGAGGGGGUUAAAUUUCGCCUGGUCAUGCUUGAGAACCCAUAAAUUAAAACUGUACGGUGAGGGACGUGAAUACAAAUCAGAAAUGCAUUGAAUAUAAGGACGUGUAAUAUAUAUAUAUAUAGUUUUAAAUAAAAUAAGUUUGGUGUAAAAAAA